CAAGAACAAGGAAGGAAACAAUUUUACAGGAAGCUAGCUAGCGAAUUGGCUGCCUUUUGUUUUUAGCUUAAGAGCUAGUAUAAAUCCUGAUUUGGGCGUUUUAGAUACAUUUCUUGGCCAGAUUGUGAGUAUCAUAUCAUCAGAUUUUAUUUAUUAUGCCAAUUCACGUUACUGUUUUGUUUGAAGUGAUUCAAUUAGGAUUUUAGACUUAGCAAGCUAACGUUAUACGGCUAAAACUAAGUAACGUUAAAUAGCUAACUUCUGCUGCUAACAGGCCUAGAUCGAGAUCUUAGCUAGUUAGACUGAAAAUUAUCGGUCUAUUUUUGAGUAAUUUAUCAUAUCACACAUUGGGACUCAACAGUUUAAACCAAUUAUACAAAUAAUGUAACCAUUUGACCGUCACUAUCGGUUUUGGUGAGCUGAUUAUAAGGGCGCAUUGUCAAACGAAAGCUGUCCGUCCUUUGAGUGACAUAUCAUAGAUAUACAUCAGGCACUGAGUCCUGGUUGAAGACAAAUAGGAAACUGAAUGACAAUGUAUGCACCACCUGGUGCCACUGUCCCUGGAAGCCGACGAAGGAGAGGGGGUACCGCACUUCCCAAGCAGCCAGAGCGAAGCCUGGCAUCUGCCCUCCCCGGAGCACUCUCCAUCACGGCUCUAUGUACGGCCUUGGCCGAACCAGCUUGGGUCCGAGUUCACGGAGGGACGUGUCCCAGACAGGAGCUUGGAGUGGCUGAUGUCCUGGGAUACAUUGACCCAAAACUCAUGGAGGGUAAGUCAUGAUUUUGUCAAUAGUGUCUCGAAGCACCGAAUGUGAAAUCACAUUGGCAUGUUUACACAUACGACCUGUGGUUUGUGUUAACUAUCACGAACUUCUCCUAAAGAUUACUGCGUGAACUCCCAGACCAUCUUGCUGAUAAGGGUCAUUGCUGCCUUCUGCUUCCUGGGCAUCCUGUGCAGCCUGACAGCUUUCCUGUUGGAUGUCUUUGGGCCCAAGCACCCUGCCCUCAAGAUCACCCGCAGAUAUGCAUUUGCACACAUUCUCACAGGUAUGAAGGGGUUUGGGUGGUGAACAAGAGAGGGAAUCAGCUUUUCAGCUGAGUGUGAAAACAAUUGCAAGGCAAGGUAGAAACAAUGGAAAUCUAAAAAUAAAAUGUUUCUUCUUUCUCUGCCUGCUGUUAUUUUGUAUGGUUGCAGUGUGCCACAGUGAUAGGGUUCUGCUACUGGGCCUCAGAGCUCAUCUUGUCACUACAGCAGCAGCACAAGAAGUACCACGGAUCCCUCAUCUACGUCACUUUUGCCGUCAGCUUCUACCUGGUGGCGGGUGCUGGUGGAGCCUCCAUUCUGGCCACAGCUGCCAACCUGCUGCGCCACUACCCCACAGAGGAGGAAGAGCAGGCUCUGGAGCUUCUCUCAGAGAUGGAGGAGAGCAGUGAAACAUAUCCUGCUGAUUAUGACAUUGCCAACCAGUUCCAGCCGCCUCCUGCAUACAUGCCUUAA